CGAGUCGUGUUAGUUCAGUCCCGGUACGCCAUUCAAAACAAUGGCAAGUGUCAGAUGUGUCUUCUCUUUCAUGAUUGUUUUUCUUAGUAUAGUUAUCUCAUGGGCUAUGAUCAUUAUGAUCGAGUAUUAUUCUGGACAUGGAAAAGAGUUAAAACCUCAUAAAUUAUCAGACAAACCUCCGUUUCCUGGCGGCAAAAUGAAUAAUAUAUUUUGGCUCAUACAGAUUUCAGACAUUCACAUAAGCAAAUUCCGUGAUUCAAGUCGUCAAAGAGAUUUAAAGAUUUUCUGUCAGGAUUAUAUUGAUAUUUACAAACCUGAAGCAGUCCUUCUGACAGGGGAUAUUGUUGAUGCUAAAGAUAGACUUCAAAUUGGCUCUGAACAAUAUGUUGAAGAAUGGGAAAUAUAUCAGAAUGUUCUCCUGGAUUCAAAUGUAUUAAGCAAAACUCGGUGGCUGGAUGUGAGGGGAAAUCAUGAUGCUUUUGAUGUACCAUCCUUAACUAGUGACCAAAAUAUGUUCAGAAAAUAUUCAGCAAGUGCACUUUAUGAAGAGCGAAGAAAUUCAAAGUCUUAUCAAGUAAAUAAAACGAACUUUGGCAUAUAUUCAUUAAAUGGUAUCGAUCAAAACCUUGAUCCUGGUCCAAAACGGCCUUUUAACUUUUUUGGAAAAAUAAAUGAGGAAGAUCUAUCUGGUUUGGAGGAAUUGGUCAAAAAGAGCCAAAAUCAUAAUUUGAGCAUUUGGUUUGGUCAUCAUCCAUUGUCUACAGUCUCAGGGGACUUCAGUUACCAAAGAAACUUACUAAAGUAUGGUGAUGUAUAUUUAUGUGGUCACCUACAUACUUUGGGUAAUAUAGUUCCACAGCUGCAUGCUUUUCAUAGGGAUGGACAUCUUGAGUUAGAACUUGCUGAUUGGAAAGAUAAUAGAAGAUAUCGUGUUCUUGCUGUUGAUCAUGAUUUGAUAUCGUUUUCUGAUGUAACUUUUGGGAAAUGGCCUGUAGUUGUGAUAACCAAUCCAAAAGAUGCCCAUUAUGGUAUUUUGUCACAUGAACCAUUGAAUAGAUUAAGAAAAUCCACUCAUAUUAGGUUGUUGGCCUUUUCACCCUAUGAAAUUACAUCUGUUCAAAUCCAAAUUGAUGGCAUUUUCCAUCAAUCAACAAUACAGCAUGUUCAAGGACCUCUUUUUGUCAGCAAGUGGAAACCUGAGCUCUAUAGUACUGGACUACAUGUCAUAACAGUCAUAGUUAAAGAUGCUGGUGGUAAUCUAAUUAAUACAAAACACAAAUUCUCAAUUGAUGGUAGUCGACCUGUCUUGAAUUUAUUGCCAUCAAUGAUUCUUCUUACUGAUGGCCAAACUCUGGGACGAGUCUUCUAUUUUGUUUCCUUUCUGUUCAUUGUGUGUGGACCACUGUUCCUGAAAUGUUUUAACAAAUAUGAUCUUCAUGGUUUGGGCAUAUGGCGUGGUUUAACACAUCUUAUAAAAACCAAGCAAAUAUUCUAUCCUCUUUUUUUCUAUGGAGUCUAUGUUGCCUUUGGACCGUGGUUCAUAGCUGAGCUAACUAAGGGACAUAUUGGUGUUGUGUUUCUUCAUGGUUUGUACCUUAAAGGAAGGUGGAUUCCUGAACCAACAGUCUAUGCGUAUGGGUUUUUUCAGAAUGUAUUAUUUCAACUACCUUUGACUGUGUAUCUUGCUUUCGUUCUUGGUCAACGAAGUGCAACUCAUCAGAAUGGUGUGAAAACAAAGUCAAGAAUUCUUACUAAUAUAUGGGGAAUAUGUCAUAACGUAUUUAUGAAUAUUUUGCUGUUUUUAACAUUUUUAUUACAACUCUAUAGUAGCUACUCAUUGGGACAUGCUUAUGGUUUGAUGGCCUUUUUUGUUUCUCCCGUGAAAACCUGGUCUCUUAUUCUUAUGAUCUAUUUGGUUAUUAGAGCUCGAACGAUAUGCUGAAAUAGCAAGUUAGUUACGCAGAGAGUUGUGUACUUCACAUUUUAAUUGAGUGUAAAUUAAGUAAAUGGUUUGAACCCGGGA